UUAUCGCCAUACGAAAAGAAGGAAAUUCUCGAGUACUCGCAAAUCUUUUUCGUUGGUAACCAUGCAAAGAAGCGCCAAGCAACGCACGACCACCCAACGUGUAAUCAUGGCUAUGACGAUGACAGAGGCGACUAUCACAUUGUUCUUCGCGACCAUCUUGGUUAUCGUUACGAAGUUUUGGAGCUGCUCGGCAAAGGGUCCUUUGGCCAGGUUCUGAAAUGCUUCGAUCACAAAACCGGACAAAUGGUGGCGGUCAAGAUCAUCCGCAAUAAGAAGCGCUUCCAUGCACAAGCACUUGUUGAAGUCAAGAUCCUCAAGGAUCUCGUACAAUGGGACCCUGAGGACAAGCAUAACAAUGUACGAAUGUUGGAUAACUUCUAUUUCCGCAGCCAUUUAUGCAUUGCAUUUGAAUGCUUAAGCAUAAAUUUGUACGACUUUAUCAAGAGCAAUGACUUCCAAGGAUUCAGUAUGGGAUUGAUUCGUCGAUUCACUAUUCAAUUACUCAACUCCCUUGUAUUGCUGCACAAACACAAACUUAUUCAUUGCGACUUGAAACCAGAGAACAUACUUCUGAAACAUCCAACAAAGAGCUCGAUCAAGGUCAUUGAUUUUGGCAGCUCAUGUCUCGAGAACGAGAAAGUUUAUACCUACAUCCAAAGCCGAUUUUAUCGAUCACCAGAAGUAAUUCUGGGCAUGGAGUACAGCAUGGCGAUUGAUAUGUGGAGCAUUGGAUGCAUAUUGGCGGAAUUGUACACAGGAUGCCCCCUAUUCCCAGGAGAGAAUGAACAGGAACAACUGGCUUGUAUAAUGGAGAUCCAAGGCAUACCAGACAAACAAUUGAUAGACAAAAGCUCACGGAAAAAGUUUUUUUUUGAUUCUACCGGAAACCCAAGGAUAUCGCCCAAUUCCAAAGGACGGAAACGAAGGCCGGGGACAAAAACGUUGGGACAGGCGUUGAAGUCUUCGGAUGAGAACUUCAUUGACUUUGUCAACCGAUGUCUGCGAUGGGAUCCAGAACGACGGUUGAAACCAGAAGAAGCAUUCAAGCAUGCGUGGAUAGUCCGGUCAUCAUCAGCGAAAAGGCAAGCUCGAUGA